AGAUAAACCCGCCGUGGGGAGGUAGUUCCCUCUAAAUCCAGCUCCUGACGAGGGGCGACACGACAGAGAGUAUACUGGGAGAGUUGCAAGCCAUGGCGCGAAGCCUAAUCCCGAGGGCGCAAUCGGGAACAAGCCACUCGUUCUUCGUCUUAUCUUCCAAAUCUAAAUUUUCAUCGCCAAGAUUCCAAUUCUCCUUCAUGCUACCACGUCUUCGUCUUCUUCCUCUGUCUCGCUGUUUCUGCAGGUAUUCUUCUUUGCAAGAACCAAUCGACAUGUGCAAGUACAGGGAAGCUUUCUCCAAGCGUAUGGAUAUGGCUGGACUCAAACCGCACCACCGUAUAGGUCAGGUUUUUGUUCGAGAUUUAUGCAGGAAGGAAGAGUUGUUUGUAGCUUAUUUCUAGCAUUUUGUUUGACGAACUGGUGUGGUUAUUUCAUUUUCCCCUCAUGCAUUUUGUUUUACUUAAAGUUGAAACAGCACUAGGUUUUCUUUGAAAGUAACCAAGAAUUGAAGUGGCAAAUAAUAAUACUGGCUUCCAAUUUUAAACUGAAAACCCGAACUUCCGGCAUUAGCGUUCAUUAUCUGAUUCAAUUUCAGCUCUGGGAGUAAGUGGAGGGCCCGAUAGCAUGGCUCUUUGUGUUCUUAUGGCGGGUUGGAAAAUGGAUAGCCUGAAUGCCACUGGUAAGAGUAGCACGUUUAUCGAUGGGCUCCUGGCAAUAGUCGUGGAUCACGGGCUUCGUGCUGAGAGCAGAGACGAGGCAAAUGUUGUGCGGAAUCGAGUUACUCAAAUGGGCAUCAGAUGCGAGAUUGCGUCUUGUGAUUGGUUAGAUGGUAAACCAAAGCAGGGCCAUUUGCAAGAAGCAGCUCGUGAUAUGAGAUAUCAAAUGUUGCAGAAAGUUUGUGUCCAACACAAAAUUGGAGUGAUACUUGUUGCACAUCAUGCUGAUGACCAGGCUGAGUUAUUCAUUCUGAGGUUAUCUCGCAGUAGUGGCGUGCUUGGACUUGCUGGCAUGCCUUUCACUUCUCAGAUUUUCUCCCCGCAUCGAUAUUCCUACAGUGAAGUUUCAAAGAAUUAUGGCAUUCUUCUCGUGAGACCACUAAUGGAUUUCUCUAAAGAUGACUUGUACAAGAUAUGUCAAGGUGCUAAUCAAGAUUGGGUUGAAGAUCCAACAAAUCGAAGUUCCUUGUUUGCUCGAAAUAGAAUUCGGAUAUCAUUAGGAGAUAUGUCAUCAUGUACUCUCAAGUCUGAGCUACAUGCCAUUAUUUCCGCCUGUAGGAAAACACGCUUAUUUGUUGAUCACGCUUGUUUAAGCCUGGCAAAUUUGACUUUGACGAUAACAGAGCUGGGAUAUGCCAUUAUUAAUUUGGAGAUUCUCAAUCGAUUGAAAAUUCAAGAUAUUUGCUUGUCGAAGUUCUUGUCCUUAGUUUUACAGUUCAUCUCUCAAAGGCACAGACCUGUUAGAGGUAGCACUGCAAAGCUGGUUUUAGACUACAUUCGAACAGUUCCUUGCAGGACCUCACUGACAGCAGCUGGGUGCUACAUUUGUCCAGCUCCUGGAUCCAAGGGCACCAGGUGCAUAGUUUCUUGUUCCGUGGAUUGCCCCUUGCCUUCCGCAGUAGAAGUUUUCCAUGUCCCUUCUUAUAAAGAAGAGAGGCACGAUAUUUCUGGUGGAUUAGAACAAAUCAUUAAUGAUGGGAAAUCGUAUUUAGAACACUUCAUUCCUAAAGCUUCAGAUGUGCAUUUCUUGGAUACAACACCUGAAUCUGUUCUAGAUGAAGCAAAAAGGUUAAACAUCCUCGGUGAAUCAACCUAUAGGAUCAUUGUAUCACUGCAGAUGCAAGAAACCAAACUCUUCAAAGCAGAACCAAAAGUCACUCCUGGUUAUGGAUCGAAGCAUGGUUCACACUCUGUAAGUACUUUAUCCAGUGGACUGCUUAAGUCGGGGCAGAUAUGUAACUAUAUGAACAGGUUCUUUAUCACAUGGAAAGUAAAGGAUGAAAAUGAAGAUAACUCUAUUUCUGAUGCGGCUAGUUGCAACACAAUUUGCAAGUCCUGUGCGUUAGGCUGUGAUAUGGAAUUAGAGGUGCGGCACAUGACCGAAUCCGAUUGGCUUUAUCUAUCCAAGUUUUCUGAGUGCACGGUGGAGAAUUUUCAUGAUCAAAGAGACACUUCUGCCAGUUCGAAGGAGCAGACCAUGGAGAAUGCGAGUAGAUGUUUGAAGUAUGCCAGCUCGUCGGCUAGAAAAGCAUUAGUGCUGUUGAAAUUGAUUCCAGUUGCUGCAAGAAAAGGCCUUCCUGUACUGGUCAAUCAAAAAGGGCUGCUUCUAAGUAUUCCAAGCAUCAAGUUCAGCCAUUGUCCAUGGUUGAUGGCAUCUGCGGAGUUCAAACCACGGGUACCAUUCGGUGGAGGUCAAAGUUCAUUCAUGUAGUAGAUGCCUGUUUCUGCACACAAGCUCGACCAUUCCACGAAC